CGCACGCGGAGGGUGCGAAAAGAAGCGGGAUGCCUGCAUCUGCAAGCUGCGACGGCAGACCUUCGGACAUCAUGAGCUCUGCGGCUAAAAAGUUGAACAACGGCAUGGUGAAGGGCAAUGUAGCUGGCGCGAGCGCUGCUUCAUCAAAGUCGUCCAAGAAAUCUUCACGUAGUGAUGGUUUGGAGGGAGAUAACGCAUCCAACGCGAAGAAGCGAAGAAUACACCAGGACUCAAACCAGGAUAACAGAAAGGACGAAAGUAUGGACAAAUCGGGAGAGCAGGCCUCAUCGAUACCUGGAGGAGCAAAGAAAGUCACGAUUUCGAAAGCUGAGCUGACAAACUUCUUUCAGUCGUGCGCUCAUUAUGAUGCGACGUACGCUCCUUAUGGUCUGG